AUGAUGUUGAAGAUCUUGUCGAGCACAGGACCAAACUCCAUGUCUAGCAGCCGGUCUGCCUCGUCCAUAACCAGAUACUUCAGGGCCUUGAGCGAGAAACCCUUGGUAUUCUCCAAAUGGUCCAUUAACCGUCCCGGCGUGGCAACGAUCACAUGGGGCUUGCGCAUCAGCUCCUUGGCCUGUUCCAUCAUAUCCAUUCCUCCCACGAUGGUGGAGCACCGCAGACCCAUGUUGACGCCCAAAGCGUCGAACGUCUCGCGGAUCUGGUACGCCAAUUCUCUCGUUGGGGCCAAAAUGCAUGCAAAGUACGGUGUCUGCGCCUCCCAGAGGGCCUGGAGGAUCGGGAUCGCAAACGCAGCCGUUUUACCGGACCCGGUCUGGGCAAUACCAAUGAUGUCUCUGCCCUGGAGACUGUGCGGGAGCGACUGGGCCUGGAUCGGCGUUGGCUCCGAGAAGUUCAGUUGCUCGAUUGCAUCCAGAAUGUCGCGCUGCAAUCCCAGUUCCUUGAACGACUUGACCGGUUCUUGUGUUUCCUCUUCAUUUUCAGAGCUGGACUCCUUUUCGGUCUGCGUAGACGGUUUCUCCGGGGCCUUUGCGGCCAGCUUCUUCUUCAAGGCGUCCAGGUCAAUUUUGCUGGAAACCGACUUCUUCGACGCCAAGUUGCCAGUCCUGGAGAGCUUUGUAGGAGACAUUUGUAAUUAA